UGCUGGGGAUGUGAAGGCCUGCUCACUGAGCACAGGCUGUGGUCACACACUGCUCCUCCCUGUGUUUCUCUCUGCUCCUGAUCAGGUGACUGCUGACUGCAGGGGCUGGAACGGUCAGCGGCUCCGUCUACACACAGCCGGCCUCCGCUCUCCAAGGGAUUAUGUUAAUGAGCUGCACUCCUGUGUCAGUCAGAGGGAAUUGUGUGGGGAGCGCUGGAUGCUGUCAGCAGCCGUGGGCUGAGUCUGCACUCUGUGUGUGUGCUGGUCACAGUCGGGGGGAGCCGCUGGAUGCUGCCAGCUCACCGGCAGUGCCUGUCCCUGGGAGCGAGCGAUCCGUCAGGCCGGCCGUUUGCAGGAAGCGGGAGGUACUGGGGAGAGUCCCGCCCGAGAGCAUCUGCGACCAAGGAGGAGGUUCCAUCGCACCUUCCGUGUGUCCCAGUUGAAGACGAGCUCUUGGACUUGGUCUAGCACUGUGUCCAUCGCCAGGCCAGUCACAGCUCUCCAAGUGCAGACAGCGAAAGUCAUCGGUGGAAAGGUUAAGGGGGGGAGAAGGAAAAGAAUCCCUGAUCUCCGCUCUAAUCUGUCCACCACCUACUUGAGCGGGCUGCCGAGUGACCAUGGGACUCGGGCUGCGCCGGAGGUGGUGGGACUGAGGUCAGGCUGUGGCGGGACCGAGGGACGGAUGUGCUGCACCACCCACCCCCAAGAUGGCCUCCAACUUCAACGACAUCGUGAAGCAGGGAUACGUGCGGAUGAGGAGCAGGAAGCUGGGGAGCCCUUGGGGAGAGCUGGGUCUCCGGGUCUUCGUUCCCCACUCCUGCAGCAACACCUCAACACCUGGAGUGUCCGUGUUUCAGAUCUACCGAAGGUGCUGGCUCGUCUUCAAGAAGUCUUCCAGCAAAGGACCCCGCAGGCUGGAGAAAUAUUCAGAUGAGAAAUCGGCCAACCUCAAAGGCAGCCCUAAGGUGACAGAGAUGAGCAGUGUGAAGACGGUGAUGCGGUUGCCAAAGGACACCAAGAGGCAGGCUGUGGCUCUCACCUUCACCGACAACACCUCCCGCACCUUCACUUGUGACUCAGAACUGGAUGCCGAGGAGUGGUACAAAAUUCUCUCCAUCGAAUGCCUUGGGGCCAGAUUAAACGACAUCAGUCUCGGAGAGCCAGACCUGCUGGCUGCUGGCGUAGUGUGUGAACAGAAAGAGCGAUUCAACGUGUACCUGCUGCCCUGCGCCAGCCUGGACCUGUACGGCGAGUGUAUGAUGCAGAUCACCAGUGACAACAUCUACCUCUGGGACAUCCACAACACCCGCAGCAAGCUGCUGGCCUGGCCCCUCACCUCCCUCCGCAGGUACGGACGGGACCCCACCCGCUUCACCUUCGAGACCGGACGGUUGUGUGACACAGGUGAAGGGGUGUUCACCUUCCAGACCCGGGAGGGGGAGGAGAUUUACCAGCGGGUCCACACGGCCACCCUGUCCAUCGCCGAGCGACACAGACACAGCCUGAUGGAGGUGGAGAGCAGCAUCAGGCCCAGUUGUGCACAGACCCGGCCGGAGCGGACACCGACCCCUUGGGGGAAGAGACUUCUCUGCAGCGGGACAGCUGACGGUCUGCAGCCGGAGCGAAGAGCCGAGGAGCGGGGAUCCGGCCCGGCGGAGACGGUGGUCCCGGUCCCGACCCCCAGCAGACUGAUCCACAGCGGGAGCUGGGGCUGGGGAGGACACGGGAUCCCCCGGCGGGCCGUCCCGGCACCGACACAUGUCCCAGCCGCCGGUAACCGGCCGGUGCGGGUGGUCCCGUCCGGCUCUCGGACCCUGUCGUGAAUGGAGGUCCCCUCCCGCCUGGCGGCGCUCCCUCCCCGUGUUCAGUGCGAAGGGUCCGGCACGGCCUCGCCCCCGGUGUCCUCGCGGUCCCGGUCCCCUCUCAGGGUCACAGGGGCCCUGCCCGCCCCUACCAGCCGCUCCCGGGCCGGUCCGACCCCCGGGAGAGGGUCCGGCAGCCGGAGACUGAAGCACAUUUACUGACCCCUCCCGUGGGUUCGGCCGAAGGGCCGCUGCACCCAGGACCCCUGACCUCACCCCGACCCUGGGCCUGAUCCCUGACCCCGACUCACCCCUGACCUUGGGCAAGACUCCGACCCUGGGCCUGACCCCAGAUCCUGGGUCUGACUCCCAUACCCUAGGCCUGACCUCUGAUCCCCCCGACCCUGGACCUGACCUCUGAGUCCCGACGCUGGGCCUGACCCCCGCCCCCCCAACCCCGUGCUUGACCCCAGCUGACCACAAGGUGAAUCUCUGUCCCGCUCUGACCUCAGCCCGGUUGUCCCGGGACAAGGAGUCACGUCCCGGACAGGAGCGACCCCCGUCCGGCCCUCCCCACGUCCCCCGGCACCAGGACUCGGGAACACCGCCCGGGCUACACCGACCACAGCCCGUCCUUGCCGGGGGCUCUACCCGUGGCGGAUCCCCGGCUCACACACCGGCCACACGGCCGACGGAUCCCCCGGGGGCAUCGGACGGCCGGAGAGAGGAGGUCUGUGUGCGAGCUGAGCUGUACCUCCCCCCACCCUGAGCGGCCGCCCUGUAGCUCACCCCCGGCCGCCGCUGGAAGCAUGAAGCACGGUCCGUGUCCCACUCUCCCUGCAUGAGCCCCAGGCAGCAGCUUGUCAGUAAUGUGCACAAAUAAACCGGACUUGUCACCA